AUGAAAAUCCUCACCCUCAAUUUCCUCAUGUGCGCCCGCAAAGCAUGCAAGUCCAGCAGCGAUGCCUUUCCACUACACCCACGCGACGUAGAGCUCGAAAUCGUCGAGACCGACAUCAACCCGCUAUUCAUCCGCAAUAUCUUGCCGCGAGUGGAGUGGGCCGCUCUGAGAGCCAUGUGCAACGAGCUUGGUCUUCCCCAACUCUCCGAAACUCAGCCAUCGUGUACCGACCUAUUCAGCACCGAAAAUCUCGACCCUGAUGCGACUGACAGCGAACCCACACAAACUCUCAGGGAUCUGCAUAAUCUACUCGUACAAACGUGCAUCAUGGAGGGCAAACUCGUUUGUGGAAACUGCGGGCACGAAUACGCUAUCAAAGAGGGUAUUGCAAAUUUUCUGUUGCCAAGUCAUAUGGUGUGA